UGUCCCAUCUAUAGAUAAUAUGUCUUCUAACUCACAGCUUUCUCUCCUCCCCCAGCAUGAUAGUAGCAAUUCAUUCAUUUCCUUUAGCCUUUCAGAACUCAAAGGGGUUCUUUCAAAACUAAGGGACUCAGCCCCUGGUUGUGAUGGAAUUCCAUAUUCCUUUUUUCAAAACCUGAAUGAUUCCUGCCUUUCUUAUUUUCUCAGUUUAAUUAAUUCAAUCUUAACAUCAGGUAAUAUUCCUCCAUCAUGGAAAAUCCAUGAAGUUAUCCCAAUACACAAGCCCAACAAACCGAUUAAUGAUCCAUCAUCAUACAGACCAAUUGCAUUAGCUCCAGUUAUGUCCAAAAUUUCUGAACAUUUAAUUAAAACUAGACUAGAAUGGUUUAUUGAGAGUAAGGGGUUACUAUCACCAAACCAGUUUGGAUUUAGGAAAGGCAGGAGUACAAUGGAUAGUCUCAGUAUUUUUAUGACAGACUUAAGAUUGGCAUUUUCUUACAAUAAGUCUGUGUUAGCGGCAUUCUUAGAUGUGUCGGCAGCCUAUGAUAAUGUCAACCUUUCAAUUCUGAAACAAAAAAUGACUAAUUUGAAUAUCCCACAAAUUUUUAUAAGCUUCACAAUCAAUCUUCUCUCUGGUAGAAUGCUUAAAGUAAUAUCAGGAGACUCCUACCAAUCCCGUAUUGCCUGGAAAGGUUUACCUCAGGGCUCAGUUUUAAGUCCUUUACUUUACAAUAUAUAUUCUCAUGAUCUGGAAGCCUCCCUUAAGGGUAAAGUUAACACACUCCAAUAUGCAGAUGAUUUACUCCUCUAUGUGUCUGGUGAUUCUGUAGACAACAUGUCUGAUACUAUGACACAUUCCCUUAAGUUAUUAAAAGUCUGGCUUGACAAUAACACUUUAAGCCUUUCGGUUCCUAAAAGUAUUAUAGUCUUAUUUUCACGUAUGAGACUUCCUCCAGCAGUAUCUGUAUUUUAUAAUAACAUUAGAAUUCCCACUAAAAGUGAAGCAACAUUUCUUGGGGUAAUUUUAGACUCAAGACUUACAGGAAGCCCUCAUUGCUACUAUAUAAGUGCCAAAUGUGAGAAGAUUAUAAACAUACUGCGUUGUCUCUCUGGAGUUUGGUGGGGAGCCCAUCCUUUCUCUCUAAACCUUCUAUAUAAUGCUCUAAUAAGAAGCAUUUUAGACUAUGGAACAUUUAUACUUGAACCCUGUAAUGCAGUAGCUCUCCAUAAGUUAGACAUUAUCCAGUCUAAGGCUCUGAGAAUAAUUGCGGGAGCUAUGCGGUCGAGCCCUAUUAACGCUUUGCAGGUGGAAUGUUCUGAAGCCCCCCUGCACCUCAGACGUCAAUUUCUUUGUGACAGGUUCCUGUUUAGAGCAUUUCAAGUUUAUACUCAUCCUCUUUACUAUAAGUUACGGUCUCUGUUGGAAUGUAUGGAUUAUUCGUACUGGGCUCAUAAAUCGCCGCCAUGCCUUAUUGUUAGUCUCCAAAAAUACUUAGCUCUUCAAGCUCCAACACAUAGAUCACAAUUUCUUCCUAUAUUUUGUGUUAACUAUGAUGCAUUAAUUUUAAAUCCAUCUAUUUUGUUUGACUUUGGUGUUUGUAAACAAGAUCCUUCUGCCAAUGCCAAAUUUAUGGAUAUUAUUGACAGUGACAGCCGAUGGAAACAUUGCCAUUUAGUUUUUAGUGAUUCUUCCAAACCCGGUCCUGAGAAGUGUGUGGGAGUUGGCAUUUUUCAUCAACAGUUUGGCAUUGUACAGAAAAUAAAAUUGCCUCCAGAGACUUCAGUAUUUACUGGAGAAUGUUUUGGUCUGCUGAAGUCUCUGGAAUACAUUUUAAUCAUGAAAUUAAAAAACACAAUAAUUUUUACCGACGCUAAAAGUGCCCUACAAGCCUUGGACAGAUUUCCUUUUAGCAGUAACAAUCAUCCAGUCAUUAUUGCAUGUCGUGAUUUAUUGUAUCAAUGUUGUAGCAAAAAUUACACAGUUUCCUUUGCUUGGAUUCCGGGGCACUCAGGAAUCUUUGGCAAUACCAAGGCUGAUAGCCUUGCCAAAGCUGCGGUCAAUGACGGAGAUCUGGUUCCGUACCAAAACUUUUGUUGUGAUUUGGCCCUCCUUCCUAAAUCCCAGUUAUUUAACUCUUGGACACAUAUGUGGCUUUCUUCAAGUCAGACUAAAGGUCGAUAUUACAGCACGAUCCAGGUGGAUAUACCUCCUAAACCGUGGUUUUCAAAUCUGACGUUUGGUAAAGCUACCACUUCGACUCUUAUUCGUAUGAGGCUGGGCCAUGCAUGCAUUCCCUUGCAUCUGGCAAGGCUUAACCUUUUGCCUAGUGAUAUAUGUGAGUGUGGUAAUGACGUUGGGGAUUUUAAUCAUAUAUUCUUUGCCUGUCCUCGACAUGACCGUUCCGCUUUUAUUUCCUCGCUUUUGUACAUUAAAAUUCCUUUUCCUACUUCAAUUUCUGUCCUUUUAUCUAAUAUAAAUAUUGAUGUAUAUAGAAUUUUAGCUAGUUUUAUUUUUCUUAACGAUAUAAAAUUAUAACCAUUUAUGUACUUAUAUACUAAAUUUACCUGAUCCUUUUCCAAAUUCCGUUCCAAUUCUCAAUCCAAUGACACACUUCCUCACCUUUUUGUAUGGCUGACGCACAAACCGUGCAGGCCAAUAAAUGGCGCAAAAAAAAAAAAGACUGCCUAAAAUAAUAAUGUUGAAAAUGAUGGAAUAAAUUGAUACAAAUAAUAAAAUAUAACUUUAAUUAGUUCACAUUUUAUGUUUUGGUACUUCUUUAGUGAGACAGAUUUAAUAGGGUAAUACGCACCAGAAAAGAAAAGAGAAAAAAUUAAAGGGAAGCAGGAAAAAGUUUAGAUAUUUUCAUCUAUUUAUGGCUUAGAAUUGAUGAAAAAAGCAACGCAAUGGUAUUCGAAACAGCUAUUUCAUCUGAUUCAUUUUGGGAUUCGGUGAAUAUUUUAAUCACACGUCCACAUCUUUGUAAUAAAAGAUUGUGGGGAUCUAAAAUUUUGAAUACUUUUAAAACGGAUGAAACUAAUCAAGAUAAACUAAUAAUCGCACUUAAGAAUCACAAAUUAAACAGUACUAGAGUCUUGGAAAUAUUUAAAAAUAAUUUUACUUAUGCAGAUACAUCAAAGAAUACUGGAAAUUUGAAAUUAGAGGUAAUCCUGAUUGAACUACUACCUAAAAUUUACGAAGAAGUUCGUGCCUUUCAGGUGGUUUUCUUGGAUAAAAUUAAUGUAAAAGUUAUAUUUUGUGAUGUCACCCCAGAACAUCAAAUUCAAAAGUUGUGUCCUAAUUUUCCAUACACUUUCUGUUUGUAUGACUCAAAAAUCAUCCUGGAAACAAAUGGAGGUGACCCGAAAACUGAACAUUGGUUGAAGGAAUCUGUUAUGCCAUGUUUUGUUAAAUGGAAUUCAGAAAUAAACACCUAUGUAUCAAAAUUUUGUUCAGGAUCUCUAAACCUACUUGAUGUUGCAGAGUACUAUGAGAAAUAUAAUCACUUAAAAUUAAAAUAUGGUAGAGAACUUGUGAAGAUAUGGCCAGAAUGUACAGACCCAGCAAAAUUUGUAUAUGAAGACAUAGCUAUAGCUACCUAUCUAUUGCUGUUGUGGUCUAAUACAAGUUCAGAAAAAAUUAGGUUUCUUGAUAUAGGUUGUGGUAAUGGACUGCUUGUUUAUAUUUUGACAAUGGAGGGGCACAGUGGUAUUGGAGUUGAUGUUAGAAAAAGAAAGAUAUGGGAUAUGUACCCAGUUAAUGUCAUGUUACAGGAAUUUACAGUAACACCAUCUAACAGUGGUAGUUUUACAGAAACAGAUUGGAUUAUUGGCAACCAUUCGGAUGAGAUGACUCCUUGGAUACCAAUAAUAGCUUCAAGGAAUUCUGUUAAAUGUAACUUUUUUCUAUUACCAUGCUGUGCAUAUAACAUAGAUGGUACCAAAUAUCAGAGACAAAACUCAUCCAAAAGUCAAUAUAUGGAAUAUUUGGAGUACAUCAAGAACUUUUGUGACAGUAUUGGAUUUGAAACUAUUGUUGAUAGACUUAAAAUUCCAAGCACAAAAAGGAUUUGUCUAGUUGGGAAAAAGAGAAGUCACACUGAAAAGGAACAUGAAUAUAACAAUAAUUAUAUAAAUAAGGUCUUAAGUAAGGAGUUACACACUUUGACUAUAUAUAACGGAGAUCAAGAAUUUAAAGCAAGAGAAGCUGUAGAGAGAGUGCGAAAUUGUACUCAGGUGGAUAAAACAGUUAUUGAUACCAUAAUAAGUUGUGUUACAAAGUAUUUAUUGUCUGAUAUAAACUUCAAAGCCUCUUGGUCCCCAGGGCGGGAAGUAGAAAUACAAGAACUUAUCAAGCUCAUUCCUAAAGAUAAAUUGAAAAUGUUGAAGUCAGAAUGUGGAGGAUUACAAACAUUACUGAAGAAUAACCAUCAUAUCUUUAAAGUUGUAAAUGGAACGGUCACUUUCAGAUAUCCAAAAACUAUUAGUGAAGUAAAAGAAAAUUUGAAGAAUAAGCAUGUAAAUACACAUGUAAGACCAUGUUGGUUUCACAUUAAUCAUCCUCAAGGUUGCCCAUUAGAUGAUAAUGUUUGUAGUUUCCUGCACACAAAUAUUCAUAGCAAUCAAUAAACAAUGAAAUAAU